CCUCUGGCUCCGGCCCGGCUCUCAGCCGCGUCCCUCUCGCCCCGGCCCGCCGCGCUUCUGGCCUCCCUGCAGCCCGAUCUCCAUGCUGCUCCCCGCGCGCCUGCAGCCCGCUUUCCACCGCGGCCCCGAGGCCGGGGCUCUCACCUUCCCCACCCCGUCCUUAGGUCCCUCUCCCCUCCUUCUCUCCCUGUGACUCCUCCCUCCUAGGCCCCAGGCCCCUGUCCCCUAGCAGGCCAUCCCUGUCCUGACCUCAGAUCAUCUGCCCGGCCCUUGCCCUUCCCCGUGUCUUGUCCCUUGAGCCCCCGGGAAGGGACGCGUUGUGGAGCGGGGCGCACUGCCAAGCAGAGUUUCAUCCUAGGCGGGGGAAGCCGUCAGGGCACCCCUGUGUGACAACUGAGGGCUGCACCCACAGGCUCAGGCAGCCUUGGUCCCUGUACUCCGGGGAAUGCGUUGUGGCAGUGAGGUGACCCAGCUCCUCUGCUGCCAUGAACAGAGUCCCUCUGAAGCGGUCCAGGAUCCUGCGCAUGGCUCUGACCGGAGCCUCGGAUGCCUCGGGAGAGGAAGAGUCUGGCAGCGGGGGAAAGCCUUUUCUGUUGCGGGCGCUGCAGAUCGCGCUGGUGGUCUCACUGUACUGGGUCACCUCCAUCUCCAUGGUAUUCCUCAACAAGUACCUGCUGGACAGCCCCUCCCUGAAGCUGGACACCCCCAUCUUCGUCACCUUCUACCAGUGCCUGGUGACCACCCUUCUGUGCAAGGGCCUCAGCACCCUGUCCACCUGCUGCCCUGGCACUGUGGACUUCCCCUCCCUGCGACUGGACCUCAGGGUGGCCCGCAGCGUCUUGCCACUGUCAGUGGUCUUCAUAGGCAUGAUUACCUUCAAUAACCUCUGCCUCAAGUAUGUGGGGGUGGCCUUCUACAAUGUGGGCCGCUCCCUCACCACAGUCUUCAACGUGCUGCUCUCCUACCUGCUGCUCAAGCAGACCACCUCCUUCUAUGCCCUGCUCACCUGCGGCAUCAUCAUCGGUGGCUUCUGGCUGGGCGUGGACCAGGAAGGGGCUGAGGGCACCCUGUCCCUAACAGGCACCAUCUUCGGGGUGCUGGCCAGCCUCUGCGUCUCGCUCAAUGCCAUCUACACCAAGAAGGUGCUCCCCGCCGUGGAUGGCAGCAUCUGGCGCCUGACCUUUUAUAACAACGUCAACGCGUGCGCGCUCUUCCUGCCCCUGCUUCUGCUGCUCGGCGAGGUCCAGGUCCUCCGUAACUUUGCCCAGCUGGGCAGCGCUCACUUCUGGGGCAUGAUGACACUGGGUGGCCUGUUUGGCUUUGCCAUCGGCUAUGUGACAGGACUGCAGAUCAAGUUCACCAGUCCCCUGACCCACAACGUGUCAGGCACAGCCAAGGCCUGCGCCCAGACCGUGCUGGCGGUUCUAUACUAUGAAGAGACCAAGAGCUUCCUCUGGUGGACGAGCAACAUGAUGGUGUUGGGUGGCUCCUCAGCCUACACCUGGGUUAGGGGCUGGGAAAUGAAGAAGGUCCAGGAAGACCCCAGCCCCAAAGAGGAUGAAAAGAGUGCCGUAGGAGUGUGAACUCGUUCGGGAGCCCAGGGAUGGCCUAGCCCCAGGGAUUAACUCAGGUGGGGCCAGCACAGCCAGCUGUUCCUGUUGACCAGCGCCAAAUGGCCCUGAGUGGUGGUGUUUACAGACCCAAUCAGACUGUGGUAGUCUAAGUAUAACCAGUGUUUGCCAGUAACGCCAGAAAGUUGCCAAACCAUCUGUCUGCCUCUAGCCUGUUUCCAGAAUACCGUACUGGGAGCGGCACGACUUCCUGCCUCCUCCCAGGGUCUGUCUACCUCCACGUCACCUCUGGGGUUGGGACUAGCUGCAGCCUUAAGGGCCAUGAUUGGGAAAGUGAUGUCUCCCCCUGUGCUCCAGAGAUAGAGUGUGACCUCACCAUAGCCAGCUGAAGAGGGCUAGGCAACUCUACAUCUCUGGGGCCCAAAGCAGGUGGCCAGCUCUGGUGUCAUUAACUCCAGGAGUUUCCCAGAGCCUGUCUUUGGAGGGAGUUGGAGGCUAGGAUGAGAGAGGAAGUGGGCCAGUGUGCCUUUUAUUCCUGCCGAGACCAACAGGCCCAUAGGAGGGCAUGAAGGGUCAGGUGGACCUGUGAGCUGUGCCCAGGGGUGGUUGGGAAUAGGGUGGAUAGUGAGAAAGUGCCACCCUCUACACCAUAGAUUUCCAGCUUUGGGACCCAAGAGCCACACAUCUUUUAUAGGUGAGGUCAGAUCAAGAGCACCAACCCAGUCCCUGACCCCAGAUUUAUGCAUUUGGCUCCUCUUGACUCUGAAAAGCCACACUGUUCUUCUGGUCUCCCCAACACCUGGUUUAGGUAACAGCUUUCUGGAUGCCAAGUUAGGGAGCUGUUUCUCUCUUCCACAUCUGCCUCCCACAAAGCCUUCAUCUGUAGGCAGCUGAUAACACCCACCCUGAGCCUCCCAUAACCGCACCCCAUAACCCUGGACCCCCAAACCUGGGUCCUGAGCCUCUCCCUUCAUGAAGGCAAUUAAACACCUUUGUUUUCUUCCCUAAGGUUGGGGCUGAAGGAAUCUGCUUGUCCACAGCUUUAGUCCAUCAGGCUCCUGUCACAAACUAGCAUAGACUGGACAGAUCAAAAACAACAGAAGGUGCUAGAGGGUGCGUCAAAGUCAAGGCGCCAGCAGAGCCAGUGUCAGAAGUGGCGUGUUCUGUGUGUCCUCCCACAGGAUGCACAGGCAAGCUCCCUUGAGCCUCUUAAAAUGGCACUGAGCCCAUUUGUGAGGGUGCUGCCUCUGACCUUGUCACCCCCAAAGCCUCAGCUUUAUGGCAAGGACUCCAGAUGAAUUGUGGGGGGACACAGAUAAUCAAAGCUUGGCACCUCCACACCCGCCCUCCUGGCCCUGGGCUUCAAUCCCCCUGUUCAAUUCCUCUGGUUGGGUGUUUUGUACCCUCUCCCUCAGGUGAUGUCUGAUGUUCUUGUCCCAUACUAAAAAUCUGGGGAGACUGGGUCAUCUCUCCAGCCUCCAGUUCCUGCCCCCUACAGUCCCAGGUGGUUUCUAAUGAGGUUUGUGAGGCCUGUUGACUAGAUCUGAGUGAUUUAAUAAAAACCCAGAGUAAGACA